AUGGAGGCCGGAGCACAGAGCGCCACGAGGCGAGCAGCCGAGUGUUCCCUAGAGUCCCCGUCUCUCCGCCGCCGUCUGCAACCGCUUCACGUGCCCUAAUCCCUCGCAGGUCCCCUUUUCGACCCCAAAUGGAGCCGAAGAAGUCCUCUGCUCAGCACCAGCCCCAUGCCAUGGAGCCCAAGAAGUCCUCUCCUCGCGGCGCCGGGGCCGCCGCCGCCACCGAAGCCGAGUCCCCGUUGAGCAGCUUGUUCUACCCGCCGGCGCCCGCGGCAAAUGGGAAAGAUCAGGACUUGUACAGCAUUCUUUACAAAGGGCAGAGCGGGAGCGCACAAGCUGGCAUGACAGGUAAUGGUAAACCACAAUGGUCUCCUUCCAAAAGUCGUACUGCGUACGCAAAGGAUGGUAAACAUUCACCGCCUUAUGAUUCAGUUGAUACGUCGUGUUUUGGAUCAUCUGUGCAUUAUGGUGGUCGAGAAUAUUUCUACGGCAGCUCUACAACCAAGAAAGCAUCAGAAUCCUCCACUGAUUACAAAGGGGACAAGAAAGAUCCAGCCGCAGAUUCUCAUGGUGACUGGUGGCAAGGCUCAUUUUAUUACUAAGAGAACCUGGUGGCCUCUCCUUGGAGAACAAGGAACAGAAAGGGGAGGCAGUGAAGCUCUAUUUCCUUGACUGCUAGUAUUAUCUGUGUCAUAGUGGACCCGCUUUCGUCCAAUCCAAUGGUGUUGCCAGUAUUAAGAAGCAUCACCUCACCUGGGCAGAUGUAGUGUGUGUCUUUCAUAGUCUCUGCGUUAGAUGUGCAAUGUAAUGAAGCUGUAGCACAGUAUGAAUUAGAUUGCAUAAAAGUGUCCCUGUCGAUUCCGCCAGUAAUAUGAGCGGUUUGGUAUCUGACUCCUUAGAGUCAAAUGUCUGUACAAGUGGAUCGUCGCUCCAAAGCAAAAAAAUAAUGUGCUGGAGAAGCGGCGAUGACUUGGCAUUGUACACCUUUACCAGUUGGAAUUUGACAGAAGUUUGGGAA